CCACGGUGAAGGCAGCGGCGGGCGGCGCGGUGAGAGCAACACCCAAGAUAAAUAAGGCGGAGACAUCUGGCGGCCAUGAAGUGGGACACCGCCUAUUUUCUUCAAUUAUGGGUUCUAGGCUGAGAGAGAACCCAAGACGGCUCCUGGAGUGCUGGUGCGAGGUGGUCGGUCCUAAGGGAAGUGAUCGGCCAGCAUGGAUCAUUCAGAAGUUCCCCAACAGUUACAACAAAGAAGAAAUUCUUAAAUGUGUUCCCCAGUUUGCCUUUCCAUGUUCUUUUGAAAGCUUAAAUGUCCAGCAUUUUUCCUUUGUAUUAACGAGCCUAGACUCAAAAUGGACGUAUGGAUUCUGCCGUCAUGCUCCAGGAGCAGAAACAGCUCUUGUGAUACUCUCUCACCUUCCAUGGCACGAAACAUUCUAUAAACUUUUAAAUCAACUGUCAGAAAUGAUGAGCACAGACCAAACCAGUGACAUGACCUCAUGUCUCCAGAACAUCUACAAGUUCCCAGUUCCUCCCCCAGGCUCAGACAUUAUUAUACCAUAUGGAGAAAAUAAGUCCUUUAUAGCUCAGUGUCCAAACCAUCUAAAACUGCCCACCAUCCCAGAAAAUCGGAACCUGGCUGAAUACUACAACGCUGUGGAUACACACAACAUGAUCAUUAUAUUUGCCUCGAUGCUGUACGAGAGACGAAUAAUUAUGGUGUCUAAACGGCUCUCUCGACUAUCGGCUUGUGUCCAGGCAGCGAACUCCGUUAUUUACCCUAUGCAGUGGCAGCAUAUUUUUAUCCCUGUACUGCCGCAGCAUCUCCUAGAUUACCUUCUGGCCCCUAUGCCUUUCCUCAUUGGGGUCAACACUUUACUCCUGGCGAAAGUACAAAUGGACGAUGUGGGAGAAGCUGUGAUAUUAGACGCUGACAACAAUACUGUCAAGACACCCUUUAAUGAUGUAGAUACCUUGCCGGAUGAAGUGGUCAUCAAUCUCAAAAGAAAUCUAAAGUCUUCAAACAAUAUGCUUGGAGACAGCGUGGCCCGUGCAUUUCUGCGUGCUCUCGUCCAGCUUAUUGGCAACUAUAAAGAAGCGUUGCAGUUUAGAGAAGAAGACUCGCAAAUUACGUUUAAUAGAGAAAAGUUUGUUGCAAUCCGUCCUCCAAAUUUCCAGCCAUUUGUCGAGAAGAUGUUAGAACUUCAAAUUUUUCAACAGUUUAUUGAAGAAAGGUUAGAACGUCUUAAUUCUGGAAAACAAACAUCAGACGAGUUUGAAUUGGAAGUUAGUGUUCAUUGCGAGAAAUCCUCCUCCAAGGUGAAGCAGCAGUAUAAACAGUUCGUCACUAAUGUGCGCAAGGAGGGUGGGGCUAUUGUCAAGACCAUGAAGAACAAGAGCCCGUUUAGACACCUGAAAAGUAACAGUAACACCGUAACUAAAGGUGGAAAACAAGUUAAAGAGAAGGGCAGACAGACGUACAAGGAAUUUCGGGGCAAGAUCAAAGACUUCCAGCAACCCCGAGUGGAUGAUGGUGGGAUGACGCCAACAUGGGUUAAUGGCGAGUCGCCCCAAAAGCCUCGGUCAGCCCCGUCUUCACCCGUGCCCAGUGUGAAGCGGCGGCCGCGGACAGUUGGUGGAAACGUUACUGGCUUCUCGGCAAAAGCAACCUACAAACGAGCAUCUCAGAUUAACAUUCUAGAAGAUACCAACAUGUUAUCUGGCAGAACUCGAAAGUACGAGCUGAUUGAGACGGGCAGCGGAAUAAUAUCUCCGAGCUCCACAGACAGCCUCAGCACACCUUCUCCACAAAGUAUUGAUCUCAUGGGUGAGAUGGAGGAAAUCAUCCGUGCCAAGCUGGGCCAGGAUAGUGAGGCAGAGGGAGACGGUGGGGAGAGCAGCACGGGUGGCAGCAGUCAGAGCCUCAGCGUUCCUAGCAGUGUCAGAAACAGUCCUGGCUCGGGCUCGGGAUCUGCAUCUACUGUAACUGUUCAUCAGCCUCUUCAAGAUAACUCUGCCUCACUCAUGGCUUCAAAAAAGCAUCUGAGUGCCAGCCUCACCUCUCUCCCUCUCAUUGACCUCUCCUUAAACAUAGAACUUCCUCCUCCCAUUAUGGCAUCUUUUGGCUACCGUUUCCCUGUCACCUUUGAUGAUGACACUGGUGGUGGUGAAGAUGAGGAUGUUGUAGGCAGCCCCUCCUCUUCGCACUUUCGCUCGCCUAAGCUUCUGCACGAUGAUACUGAUUCAGCCGACACUGUUUAUGGGGACGAUGGUUCCUCUGUGUUAAAUGACAGUAUCUGGGGACAAACCCAACUCUCGCCACAUUCUCCCUCUCCUCGCCCUUCUGUCUCCAACGUCUCUGCUGUAUGUACAAGCCACUCGACAUCUCCCAGAGGCCAUAACAAAUCAGGCACGCUCAGGCAGUUCUGUGAUAGCCAUGCGUCUGAAUGUUCUGCCUCUGCUCGUAGAACCACACCCGCCACAUCUUAUCUUACUGGCACUUGUAAUGCAUCUUCUGUUCUAUCCUCUGCAAGGAUGUGUUUUCACCAUGGGCAUGAAAUCCUUUCUUCCUCAAAAUCCUCAAAGGGGUUACGUCAUGUAGACUGUUUGGAACCUCCCUCCUCUUGCAUUGAUUAUCCCAAGUAUGGUGCAAGUAAAGCCUUUUCUGCUUCUUUGUCCAAAUAUUCCACUAAAGGGGGCACUCCUGGGUAUUUUUACUCAAAGCUUACAAAAUCCAUAGAUGACACAGCUCCAGUAGCCGAGUUUGAAGCCAUAGAAAACUCGGAAGAUUCUCUCCUGUGUUCUCCUGUAAAUAUACCGCAGGCCACCUCCUCCUCUCACGUUAGACCUGGCUAUGCUGGUAACUUUCUCUUCUUCUCUGCCUCUCACCCAAUAGACAUCAUGACCAUGAGUCUCCCAGCUGUAUUAACCAGCCUUUCUCCACCCCUACGCACUACCUCCCCACAAGGGAGAAGCCUCUCUCCCUUACCCCAGGGAAGAAGCCUUUCUCCAUCUCCUCAGUAUUCCUAUUAUGCACCAACACCACCUCGAUCCUCCAGCCCACUUCCUUCUAAUAUGUCCGCUCAUCCUCCCAAGCCCUGGGACUCGUCCCGGACACCCCUAAACCCCUUACCCCCACCUCCCCCAUCGCUAGGCCGCCGCACAAGGAGCCCUAGCCCGCACCUUGGCUUAGAUCAGGGGUUGGGCGAGGAGGACGGUCUGGCUCAGGAUCUAAUUUUUCUGGAGUCCCCACAAGAUGAAAUCUUUGACCCACUGCUUGCCAAGGACAUUCCCCAAAAUGGUGUUCGUGGAGGAAGACCUACACAACCACCACCACCGGUUCCUACAGUCACCAGAUCCUCAUCCAGCCUUCCAGGAGUACCAGUGGCUGGUGACAAAGGGGUUGGUGUUGGCAGUUUGAGUACUUCCCAGCUCCCUGGCACCACUGCACCUCAUCCAGCUCUUGCUCGCACCACAGCCAUAAACACUACAGGCCUACCCAAUGCUACGCCAAAACGGCCUUCAGAAUAUCGCCUGUUGACCUCUUACCAGCCGUCUGGGUCUGAGUACCGUCCGUUGUCAACUCUACAGACUAGUAUGGGUACCCCCAUUGGUUGCCAAAACCCUAUAUAUAAUCAGCACCAGCCUCCGGGAGUAACUUCCCUUCCUAGUACCACUCGAGCAGGGAAUGCAGCAGCAGCUUUUGCAAGUAGUAUGCUGUCCCAUGGGUUAGAGGAGCCAUCAAUGACCAGCAUGUCUGGUCAAUAUGUUCAGUUUGAACCACCAUUUGCAAAAGCUAACAAAACCCUCGGCAGCGGUGCUCAGCCCCAACGACCCCCACGUUUAUCUCAGAGAGACUUAUUAGGUGACUUUUCCAAGGACUUCCAAAAACUUACAGUAAAUAGUUCUUCUAAGACAGCGACAGCUGGGAAUAACAACAACACAUUAGUGAACAACAAUAAGAUACCAACACCAAACAAUGAUAUUAGAGGUGCAAGUGAAACCAAAUGGGCAACAUUUGAUUGAUGGUAAAUAAUUCUAUGGGGAAUUAAUGAUAAACAUUUAGUGGCUUUGAGUGAGGUGUUACAGGAAAGUCAUGAAUGAAAACUAAUGUUUUAACUCAUUCAUUGGUGGUUGUGAUACCAUAUUAAAGACAUAUAAUAAUACAGAUUUGAACCUUCCCUACAAGAUUACUAAUAUGAUAUUCAUUUUAUAACUUUUUGAUAGAGACUGUUGGAUUUUAUAAAAAGCAUUUAUCUAAUGUGGUGCAUUUUCAGAUUAGAGAGAAAUAUGUGUCCUUUAAUAUUUAAAACUGUGAUGUUAUGGUAACUCCAGUAGCCUCACAGAAAGUUAUAUUCUCAUUAGCUUUAUUUUAUUGCGAGCUGGUAAGUUACAACAGUCAGACCAAAGACUUGGUGAUGCUCAUGUACAUCCACUGCCUAAGCAUUGUGUACGAGCACAUGCACAUGUGUGUGUGCAUGUGCACACAAAUAUGUGUACAUAUAUAUAUAUAUAUAUAUAUAUAUAUAUAUAUAUAUAUAUAUAUAUAUAUAUAUAUAUAUAUAUAUAUAUAUAUAUAUAUAUAUAUAUAUAAAACUUGUGUGUGGAUAUUAAUGCAUAUGUCGGUAAGAAUUAGAAUUAUGGCAUUUAAAUUAAAACAUGAAACCAGUGAUGUGAUAAUUGUUAAUUUUUUUAUAUUAAAAAAGAAAACGAAAAAAAGAUGUAUUUGUUAGACUUGAAUGGAAACUGUGCGAGGUAGCUUGCAAGAAGCAGAACCUAACCAUGUUGGUAAGAGCUGUUGGAGCUGUUGGAACUACUAAAUAAGUCAUAUAUACAAUUUGUACUGUUUAGUUUUGAGGAGGUACCAAUGAGAAGAGGAGAAACAAGGUACAGUAUAUAUUAAGUCUAUCUGGUAGUACAUCGAUAAGGUCCUAAGUGCUGAUCUCAUUUCCGGUAUUCAGAUCCUCCAUGCACACACCGGGAUACAGCCAGACCCACUGCUGGUUUUAUGCUCAACUAUCCUCCAAGGUAGGCUUAAUCCAGCUGUUUAUUAGUAAUGACUAGAACAUUAUUUGAAAAAUUAUGUUAAAAGUGAUGUGUUAAACUAAGAGAUCAGCGAGAUUUAAAUUGAUUACACUUUUAACUUAUUAGCAUCAGUCAUGGUCAUGUUGAUGGCAUGUAAUUGUAGAUCCAAUAUCUCCAAAUGUUUCAUAUUGUAUAAGUAUUUUUUCAAAAUCAUGCAAUUACGAAUAUUAGUUCUGUUGGCGAGCCAUGAGAUAUACACAAAUUUUAAGGGAGCAGAUAUGAACACUACCGCUGUUAAUGGUCAACCCACUAUGACGAGGGCAGUGGAAUAAGGAGUAAAAUAAGAACUUAGAUUUUUGUUACUAGAAAUCGGUAAUAUUUUUAGAUCAUCUUUUUUGUAUUUAAUGCAAAAAAGUAUUCGAGUGUUGAAAAGGUUAAAUUGUUUUAUAAAGUGUUUACAUUCAAUGAGUACAUAGUCAAUAAUACUACUGCAGCUGUGUUGAUGAUUUUAUCAUAAACCCGUUAAGAUACCAGUUGUGUAGUACAGGACGUGAACUCUGAUGUUGCUGCUAAUUAGUAUCUGUGUGCAAAAAUCCAAACAGCAACUAUAUAGUGAUAAAAGUAUAUGCAGUAUGGUAUUAUGUUAAUCAGCAAGUAAUAUUGGAUCAGAAUCUCUUGACCUUCAAUUCUUCCAUAAUUACAACCCUACAUUAUUCACAACACUGUAGUUUGCAGAAUGAAGCUAUUCCAAAUGUCAGGUGAGAAAGCUUGCAUUUGUUAAGUUGUGUCAGUGUUAACAUAGAGUAGACAACAUGAAGUAACGAGGAGCUCUUCCAAGCUCACCAGUCUGAAGUAGAGCCACCCAAUUCAAUCCCACCUUCACCUCUACAGAAAUAUAUAUGCUUGAUACCAUAGAUACUUUGUUCCUAAUUUUCAGACAGCAGCAGUUUUAAUACCCAUUCCAUUAUUUCUUGAAAGGGAACAAAAAGUAGAACUAUAUAUUAUGAGUUUUAUCCCUCCCAUAAACUGGUUUAUGAAAAUUAUAUACAGUUAAUACAGAAGAGUUUUAAUAGUGUAAAAAUAUAUAUAUAUAUAUAUAUAUAUAUAUAUAUAUAUAUAUAUAUAUAUAUAUAUAUAUAUAUAUAUAUAUAUAUAUAUAUAUAAUAUGAAUGCCAAAUUAUUGUUAACUUGGGAAAUUAUAUAUUUUCAAAAUAUUUGACCUCUCCAAUGAACAUGUGAAACUCGUUUAAAUAUAUUUUCUCUGUAUGUAUUAGGUAUGUUACAACCAUUGUAUAAACUUUAAAACUGAUAAAUUCUUUAUCAUGUGAUAAAUAUCUAAACUGUAUGUGGUAUAUAUACAUAUAUAAUAUUAUGUAACAAUUUCCUGUCAUAAAUGGUUAUUUUUGUUUUGAAUAAAUGCAGGAGUUUUACAAUACACGUGUAAGCUGCAUUUUGUGAGGACAAGACCUUACUUAUUCAGGUUUCAGUGCUGCUGUCCAUUCUCGUCCCAUUUCAUGGUUAUUACUAGAUGAUUUUCAUGUGUAUUCCAUGAAAAGUUUCUAUGCACUAUCUCCUUUACUCUCAUUAUUGUUAUUUUCUUAUAAAAAUAUUUAUCAAUAAUAAAUUCAUUAUAGCAAA